CAAGUAGUGGUGUGCAAUAUUACCGGCAAUACCGGUUAUUGCGGUAUUAUUGUCGGCGAUGAUAUAUCGCGAUAUUUUUUUUAAAUACCGGUAUUUUCACUUUAUUUUUAAACACUUACAUAACGAAAGUACAUCGUAAAAGGACAUCGUUUUUUUCACUUGGCAUGUUCGCGUCAACCGGAAAAAAACAUAACAGGAAGUAUCUUAACCUAUACUAAAUUUAAAACCAGCUGAAGACUAUAAUGCUACGUUCCGGUAGGAUUAAAAAAGAUAUUAUCUCCCCGAAAAUUAUUUAAUAAAUGUAGUUUAAAAUCUAAUUAUUUCUUCUUCUAAAAGAUCGUUUCACGGUUUGUAAAAAAUAAUGAUCCGGCCGUGAACUGUUCGUGAGAGAAAUAUUCAUCUAUAGCACAAUUUUACGAAAUCCGGAAUUUUGUCCGCCAUUUUUUCUACCUUUAUUAUAUGCUUUCAAACAUCCGUCAAGCAUGGCGGAGAAAAACAAGUUUGAUAUUGUGACCAACCGAAAAGCAAAAUCAACGGUUUGGGAACAUUUUGGACUGAAAAAAAUUGAAGGCAAGCUUGUUGAAAAUGUUGCCGUUUGUAGGAUGUGCAUGGCAUCUGUUAAAUACUCAGGUGGAACGACAAAUCUGUCGUCCCAUAUCAGAGCCCGUCAUCCAAAUCUACGUGAGCGUAGUAAUGACGACACUGACAGUAAAAAUACACAACAAUCUGGUUCCAGUGGCUUAGCUUCUACUACAAAGGAAACUCAAGUUCACGACAGAAAGACGUCUCAGUGUACCUUGCCAACAGUAAUAGCAAAUAAAACGCCAUAUCCUCCAGGCUCAAGACGUGCAACAGAAAUAACGGAAACCAUUACCAAUUUCCUUAUUAAUGACAUGAGGCCAUUUAAAACAGUUGACACAGACUGUUUCAGGAAGAUGCUACACACAUUAGAUCCAAGGUACAAAGUUCCAGGUCGGAAGCAUUUUUCACAAAUUGCAAUUCCAAAAAAAUACGAACAAGUAAAGGGUGUUGUGAAAGGAGAACUCCAAAGGGCUGAUCAGGUUGCCAUCACAACUGAUGGGUGGACAUCAAGAGCCACAGAAAGUUACAUUACCAUAACCUCAACCCAUAUAAACAAUGAAUGGCAGAUGGUGAACUAUGUGUUGAUGACAAGAUGUAUGCCAGAAAGCCACACAGGAGUAAACAUUGCAGAAUUUUUGAAGGAAGCUAUUGCAGAAUGGGGUAUCAAAGAAGAGCCAUUGUACCUAGUGUCUGACAAUGCCAGUAAUAUGAAGAAGGCAGCUGAAGUGCUUGGUUGUGAUCUUCACCUUGGAUGCUUUGCUCACACACUGAACUUAGCAGCCCAAAAAGGGCUUAGAGUUAAAGCUGUUUCAAACCUGUUAGCAAAAAUUAGGAAAAUUGUUGGCUUUUUUCAUCGCAGCACAGUGGCAGCUGCUCGCUUGCAAACUCAAGCUACAAAUCUAAAUCUGCCAAAUCACAAAUUGGUCAUUGAUGUUCCAACCAGAUGGAACAGUGCAUUUGACAUGCUAGAACGUUAUCUCGAAAUGCAGGUUGCAGUUGUAGCAACUCUCAUGUCUCUGGCAAACAAAGACAAAGACUUAAAGUUUCUGUCUGAUGAAGAAAUAAGCCUUGCUGAAAAAGUAAUGGAGGCAAUGAAACCACUAAAACAGGCUACCACCAUGCUGUGCAAUGAAAAAAGUCCAACAAUUUCAAUAAUUCUGCCCCUUCACCACAAACUUGUAAGUGUCUAUAAAACAUCAGUGACUGGGGAAACUACUGCCAUUGUCUCUUUAAAGGCAGCUAUAGUUGGUGACCUAGAAAAUAGGUAUGAUGAGAAAGCUCAUCCAUCUGCAAACAGCUUGUUAAUGAAAGCCACUGUGCUUGAUCCCAGGUUUAAGGCACUGCCUUAUCUUGAGGAAGAAAGAAGAUUCACUGUUUACAAUGAUCUUGUGAAAGAUCUUGCUUCCCUGAACCCUCAGUGUCUGAAUAUGAUGAUAAAAAAAGAGCCAGGGGCACUUUCAGAGUCUAUAGUCCCUAAUGUUGAAAUUCAAGGUGAAAGACAUGUAGACACUCUUCCCCCUUUACCCUCUUUACCUAAACAGGAAAAUCAGUCAGCAGUUGAAUCUGUUCCUUCCACCAUCGAUAUACCAUCAACCCCCAAAAAGGCAAAACAAGAAUCAUUUUUAAAUGAUUUACUUGGAGAUGUGUUUGUCACCAAAGUGGAAAAUGUAAAAAGUCCAUUACAAAGGGCUGAAAUUGAAGUGCAGAAAUAUAAAGAUCUGCCUUCUCCAACCCUUGAAAGUAGCCCACUGCAAUGGUGGAAGGAAAAUCAGAAUCUGUUUCCUCUUCUCUCUUGUGCUGCAAAACAACUACUAUGUAUCCCAAGUACAAGUGUUCCCUCAGAAAGGGUAUUUAGUACUGCUGGGGAUAUAGUUUCAAGCCAAAGGGCAAAUCUAAAAGCAAGCACUGUUGACAUGCUGAUAUUUCUUAAAAAAAACUGCCAGUUGUAAAUUCUACUUGUGUUGGCACAGUUAGUCACUUUACUCAUUUUAAAAUAAACAAUAUACAUCAGUGGACUUACUUAUGAUGAUGUAGGCCAUAAGUAAAUAAAUAUGUAUACAUACUUGUGUGAUACUACAAAAGUAUGAUUCUAUGGACAUUGGUCAGUUGUGAUUUAUAAACAAACCGAGAUUUGUUAGGUUUUUUUUUAGAAUCUAGUCCAUUUUGUACUUACCUGUGAUCUCAAAAUUUAUUUUUUUCAAAGCAUAAUAUGCUAUGUUUACCCUUGUUUUGUUUUGUUUAAUGACUUGUGGAAGUCUAUUAAAGUUAUUGCUACAUA